AUCCUGCUUAUAAAGCUUCGUCUUCCCUUCAAAGUUUUUUCCCAACCAUCAGAACAUUUUCUCACUCAGAUAUAUAUAUAGAGAGAGAGAGAGAGAGAGAGAAGAAGAAGAAGAAGAAUGGGGAGAGCUCCAUGCUGUGACAAGGCGAGCGUGAAGAAGGGGCCAUGGUCUGCCGAAGAAGAUGCAAAGCUCAAGGCUUAUAUCGACAAGUAUGGCACUGGUGGUAACUGGAUUGCUCUUCCUCACAAAAUUGGGCUUAGGCGAUGCGGGAAGAGUUGCAGACUAAGAUGGCUGAAUUAUUUGAGGCCCAACAUCAAGCACGGCGGAUUCACUGAAGAAGAAGACAGAAUCAUCUGCAGCCUCUACAUUAGUAUUGGGAGCAGGUGGUCCAUAAUUGCUGCCCAGUUGCCUGGUAGAACGGACAACGACAUCAAGAACUACUGGAACACCAAGCUGAAGAAGAGAAUUCUGGGAAUACUUAGGCACAAUAAUAAACAAUCCAACAAUUUCACUGAUCAUGAUCCAAAAGACAACUCUUUUGCUCGCUCAGCCCUUGAAAGGCUUCAACUCAACAUGCAGCUCCAAACCCCUUUCUCUUUUGCUCCUAUAAUGGGGCCCAAAUUGAUGAUUGACCAAACCCUUCAGUUGCAGAACAAUCAACCCAAUUCAGAAAUGGACGACACGACGUUGGAUAAUAAUUCCUUCAAUCAGCAGCUGGAACAUGUACAGUUCUCGACUGUGCUGCAAAGAUCGCCAGAAAAAGAACAAUUCCGAGCCCAUCGUCAGCUUCUCAACGACAAAACGAUUGGUUUUACAGAGGCAGAUCAUCUGGAGGAUCCAGCAAAUGGACUUAAUUACUGGAAUAUUAUUAAUGAGUUGGACUCAAAGUCGUGGAAUUCUACUUCUAUUAAUCUUCAGGCUGUGGACAUGUAUGAUCAGGACUGUCUUUUAGGGUUCAAUCUGCAGUGAAAAAUUGUGUCUUUUAGGAUUAUUAAUUUGAACAUCAAAUAUAAGAAGGUUGCGCGCCAAUGGUGGGAGAAGAUGAUCCUGCUGUUAUAAAUCUGUGUGAACAUCAUAUAUAAGAAGGUUGUAUGUAUGUGUUUAUGGUCGCUAUUAAAGCUUGUGUUUAUAUUACAAUAAUUAUAAUUAUUCAGGUCGCUUGUAUUUAUUAGCUUUA